AUGAUGAGAUUUUUUGUAUUUCUGAUUUUUCUGGUUCCAAUUUCAACAACUGGAGUUGACCUCACGAAAAAAUGCGGACACUAUUAUGAGGUAAAUCUCAAAGCUACUAGAAAUGCGUCAGCAAAUCUAGAAGCUACAAAAAUUGCGUCAGUGAAUCUCCAUUUUUUUUCAGUCCUACAAAAGGCUGGAAAAUUGCGAUGUUCAAGGUCCGGUAGACAAAUUCAAUUGUGAACGGGAAAUUCUAUACAAUGAUUUUGUAACUAUAACAGAAGAGUGUAGGAAAUAUCUCAAAAAAACUUUGGAAACUAUCGAAAAACUAUCAACUGGUAAAAGAACUACCACGUGCAAGUGGAAAUUGUGCUAA